AUGCCGCCCAUAAUUUCGCGAAAGCGCUUGCACUCUACCUCGCCCGUCCUAGAAUCGCCACCAAAACGUGCACGUACUACCCGCAAACCCCCAGCAUCCGCGCGCAGAGGCAAAGUGUCGGUCUUCCAGACUUUGGAUGCGCCACCAAAGACCAAGCGCACGCUUUCGCAAACAAAGGCUCUAUUGGAGGAAGGAGAAGAAGACGGCGACAGUGAAUCAUCAGAGUCAGAGACUACCGAAGAUGAAUUUGAGGAUGUACCAUUGCAUGGGGUAAACAAAGACAAAGGGAAGGUUAAGGCACAGCCAGAUGAAGACAGCGACGAAAGUGAAGAUGGUGACUGGGAAGAUGCGCUUGGUACGCAUCAUUACACAAAGCCAGACAAUGGCCCUGCGCCCAUCAUCACUGGAGAUAUUGCGUUGACGCUGUCCGCAGCGCCCAAAACUGCGUUCGAAACCAAGCCAGAUGGAAAAAAGGGCCCAUCAAAAGUCCAGAGACAGAUACGGACCAUCACUCAUUGUAUGCAUGUACAAUUCUUGAUGUUCCAUAACUUGAUGAGAAACACAUGGAUCCAGGACAAGGAAGUCCAAAAGAUUCUGGUUCAAGCCAUGUCCCCUGGGUGUUGGCGGGAAUUAGAGAAGUACUGGAACGACGCAGGAAUACGAGACGGAUUCAGCCGGGUAGUGGUGCAGAAACCACCCAGUCCAAAAAAGAAAGAGCCAGAAGCUACCAAAGGGAAAUGGAAAGAGAGUGGCAAGGCGGGUGUCAAGGUAUAUGAGAGCCCGCAAAAGCGAAUGGGCGUCCGCAAUAAAGCUAAGAGCAAGGGGGAGAAACCUUCCGAACGUGACAAGAGGACCCGCGACUGGGGUGCAGCAGCCGAACCGCUCGAGCCUAACUCUCCGAACCUGUCCGCCGGUGACCCUUUGAUCAGGCUUCUCAAAUAUCUCUCUGCUUACUGGAAGUCCAAGUUUCAAAUCACAGCCCCAAGCUUACGAAAGCGUGGCUACCUAUCGCCAUCAGUAUUGGAGGCCGAAAUCAAGGCUUGGAAAGACGAUCCUAAUCACCCCGAAACUUUUGGCGAACGUGUGGAAGACAUUACUGCUUUCAGGGAAUGCGCAAAACAGUGCCAAGGCAGUAGAGAUAUUGGAGAACAGCUCUUCACUGCCCUAAUCCGAGGACUAGGUAUUGAGGCGCGAAUGGUGGUCAGCCUGCAGCCUGCAGGUUUUGGGUGGAGUCAGAGUGAAGAAGGUAAACCAAAGAACCUUGAAAAGUUGAAUAACUCGAAGCCCGCCGAUAAUCAAAGUACGGAAAAAGAAACUCCAACCAAAAGUAAGGCUAAGAAACCCGCUACUGCAAAGAAGACGGGUGGAUUGAUCGAUGUCAGCAUGGAUGACAGUAGCGACUUGAGUAGUGUCAUAUCUAUAUCUUCGGACUCUGAGGAUAACAGACCACAAAAGAGAUCACCGAAAGCGCGCAAUUACGGUGAAGAGCUACCAUACCCUACCUACUGGACAGAAGCUAUUUCACACUUGACACACACGCCCAUAUCAGUAUCCCCACUUCCUCGUACCAUUAUCGCAAGCGCUGCUUCUCCAGAAAAGCUUAUGGAUUUCUAUGCUCGUGGCGCAGCGGCUGACAAGGCGAAACAAAUCUUGGCCUAUUUGAUCGCUUUCUCUUCCGACGGCAGUGCAAAGGAUGUCACUACACGAUACCUACCCAAACAUCAAUGGCCUGGUAGAACGAAAGGUUUCCGCAUGCCUGUGGAGAAGGUACCGAUUCACAACAAACAUGGGAAAGUCAAACGAUGGGAAGAGUGGGAUUGGUGUAAAUCGUUGAUGCGACCUUAUGCACGAUCUCACGAUAAACGCCAGCCUUGGGACGAAGUGGAAGACGAGGGUGACCUCGUACCUGCACAAGUAGAAAGAAAGAAGGGCAUGGACGAAGAAGGUGGCAAGGAGACGCUACAGGGGUACAAAAACUCCACCGAAUAUGUACUGGAGCGUCAUUUACGACGAGAGGAAGCUCUCAGACGCGGUGCGAAGAUUGUCAGGUUCUUUGUCACGGGCAAGGGUGACAAUGAAAAGUCGGAACCGGUCUAUCGCCGCAAAGACAUUGUGUUGUGCAAGACACAAGAAUCGUGGCACAAAGAGGGGCGAGAAGUGCUGGAAGGUCAGCAACCGCUCAAGCUCGUGCCUAUGCGCGCCGUCACCGUUACUCGAAAACGUGAGAUUGAGGAGCGCGAACGCAUCGAAGGUGGAAAAGUGAAGCAGGGCCUAUACUCUAAGGAACAGACCGAUUGGAUCAUUCCCGAUCCCAUUGUUGACGGCAAGAUUCCACGUAACGCAUUUGGGAACAUCGAUGUAUACGUUCCAACAAUGGUUCCCAAAGGGGCUGUUCACGUGCCUCUCAAGGGCACCGCGCGAAUAUGCCGCAAGCUCAACAUCGACUACGCAGAAGCAUGUACGGGGUUUGAGUUUGGUAAACAGCGCGCUGUACCGGUAAUCACAGGUGUGGUGGUUGCAGCAGAGCAUGAAGACAUGCUUAUAGAUGCUUGGGAAGCCGAAGAGGCAGAGAAGCGAAGAAAAGAAAGGGAGAAGAGGGAGAAGUUUUUGCUAGGGCUUUGGAGGAGGUUUGCGUCUGGACUGAGGAUCGUGAAUAGAAUGAGGGAGGAGUAUGGGGAGGAUGUGGAGUUGCCGGUCAAAGAAAAGGUAUUGCCACCGAAGGAUGAAAAGGAAAAGCCUGAGACGAGAAAGUCACGGUGGGAAGUUUUCGAGGCUCAGACUGACUUUGAGGGGGGUUUUGUGCGAGAAGAUGUGCAACUCUCUGGUGGUGGCGGUUUUAUGCCGGACAAGGCGCAUCAGACAGCCGAGGGUGACCUGGACAUGGCAGGCGGUUUCCUGCCCGCGAGCCAGGAAGAGGAUGAAGAGCUGAUAAUUGACCAUGGUGAAAAGAAAGACCUGCGGGCGCCCGUCAUGGAGACUGCACAUCGCACACCCAUCUCACUUACUCAAGCGUUACAACGACCCCCGAGCGAGCCAAGCGAAGACCCGGAUCACAAUGAAGCAAUGAGUAUCGACCAAGACACAGAAGACGAGCACGAGGGAAACCGGAAUGACGAGGACGAAGAAUACGAGCAUUCAAAACUUGAAUCGGAUCACGGAAAGUCUACAGCUGCCAUAUCAGGUGGUCGUGGUCGUGGUCGUGGCCGUCCUAGAGGACGUGGCACCAAGGCUCCGGCUCGCUUAACUCCACUUUCCGAUGCGCCCUCAAACCCACCAUCACCUCCACCGUCUAGGAGGACAGCGCCAAGGCGCAAGGCAGCCAGAAAAAGCGAUGCGCACGUCCGGAGCCACUUUUUUGCAGAGGCAAGCGAGGGCGAGACAGAUUUGACAGACAUGACGGAUCGAGCCUCGCCAAAGAAGAAGUCGACGAGAGGGCGCGGAGCGGGAAGGGGUAAAGACAAGGGCAGAGGCAAAGCGGGGAAAGCCAAGUAA